AUGUCUAAUGGACACAAGCUGUCAGGGUCUGGCAGUAACCAGUCCCAACCAAAAAUAUUUCCCCCUGGGACUGGUUCAUCAGGUUCCAGCUCUGCUCUCACAGUGGAAAAUGUGAAAAGGCUGGAAAAGGAGCACAUGAUUUCUAAAGAAGCCUUCAAUAAGCAGAGAAUACGAGAUUAUAUUAAGCAGACUAAUCUUGCUCGCUUCAGCAAAGAGACGACUAGGAAAACCAGCACAGAGCUUGUCUGGGAUGCAGAGCCUGAAGGGGCCUCCUCAUCCUUUCCCACAAAGCAGAGUGAAAAUAGCAAAGUUUGCUGGAAGACCUCUGAAGAAACUUCAAGGAAAGAGAAGCUAUUAACAGCUGUGGAGGUGCUCUCCAGGGACACCGAGGAAGGAGAGAGCAAGGGGACAGCCGAAACCGAGGAAGAGGCAGCAGCCAAGGACGGAGAGGAGAGUAACCAAGCAGGACUGCGUGAGCAAGCCGUGUGUGAGCCUGUUGAGCUUGCCCAAGGGAGUCCAAGGCUGGAAUCAGAUGAGGAGCCGCUGUCCAUGGGAGGAGAGUGUGAGGAUGAUGGGACUGCGACUGACCUCUACCCGGGCGAGACCCACAAAGCAAAACAGAAAUUCAAGAGAAAACCAGCGGCAGACCUGCUGCUACUGCAGCCAUCAACCACCUCCUCGUCUGAGUGGGAAAGGCGCUCAGCCACCUUAAACAUGAAGGCAGAAGUCUCUAUUUCCAUCCCAGCCUUUUGGCUGAUGGCCGUGCCGCUGCCCGCUCCGGGGACUGAAGCUGGGGACUGGCGAGUGCCAGGGGCUCCUCUGGCGCAGCUGAGGGUUUCAGCCGUGCCUUCACCCCUUGCUUGUUUAAGGACCACCUGGACUGAAGAGUCUGCAAAGUGCACCUUUUGCAGUGCUCCUGAAAAGCCAAUCCCAACAGCGGUGGAUCUGAAGGAACAACCCCAGGAAAAUCUCUUUUGCUGCAGGAGAUAUAAGGAAGUGUUUGAUGCUGUCAUCCAAGAGCAGAUGAGUGAAGAUGAAGCAGAGGAAAAGCUGGACAUCAUUCCCCGUGCCAACCCUUCCCAAGCUGAGCUGAGGAACAGCAUCAAGGAGAAACUGCUGCAGCAGUUGGAUGAAGGAGGUUUUCAGAGCUACAGGGAAAUAUUUCAGCAGUAUCUGAGAUUUGCUGCCUGGACCAGAAUUUCGUUCAGACUCUCAAAACAAAAUGAAUACACCGUCAGACCAAAGACUGCCCCUUUCAAAAAGCACCAACCAACAUCCGCACCUCCAGAAGACCUACUGGAGCUGGACAGGGAUUUUGUUGCGGAGCACUUAAAGCACUGCCGCUCUCCUGAGCCUGUAAGACGACGUUAUCCUGAUGGACAGACAUUUUUUCUCCUGUUCCCAGAUGGAAGUGGUCAGGUUUACUACCCGUCAGGCAAUGUGGCCAUUCUCAUCACGUUCACCGAGGAAGCCCUGUUCACCUAUUGCAUCCUGGAGGACAGCAGGUACCCGGGGAUCAGGGCUGCCUUCGGGAGCCGCGGCCACGGGGUCUGCUUCCACCCUGACGGCCACCUCUGCUUCGUGUUUGUUCCCAGGGCCGCCCUGGACCCCUGCACUGGGAUCUGCCUGGACCUGGCAGGAUCCAGCCAGAAGCGCUGGAAGUGGCAUGACUUCAGCCACCACACUCACAGCCCUCCUUUCCGGUCCGUCACCAUGAAACUGAACGGCCACGUCACCAUUAAAAUCCUGGCUCAGGAUCAAAUUGAUUUAUUGUUCACCAGCCGCAGCGAUCGCAUCCGUUUCAACGUGGGGUCCCGGCUCAAGUUGAAAGACCCAGAGACAAGUCACCUACUUAAGUGGCCAGAAAGCGAAGAGGAGCUCUUCCUUCAGUCUAAAGAGAUUCAGCUCAGGAGCCUGCUGUCCGAAAUACAGAGAAUGUUGCAAUACUUUUGGCAACCCCUCUCUCAGUGA